ACUGUUUAAAAUAUCUAUGGCGAUAGCACUAUAAGUCGCAACAUGGCGGCUAUGAAAUUCAUUUCGUUGGGAAGGCACGCCGGAAUUCUACGCCCAGUUUCAAGGCUGGCUGCUGUUUCACAGACGCGCAAUAAUGGCGUCUACAAGAACGUGAGUGACCCGGAGCCAAGCAUGAAGUUUUCGGACAUGACGGACCGCGCGGCGCAGACGUUGUUCUGGACGGAGCUGUUCCGAGGCCUGGGGGUGACCCUGGGGUACUUCUUCAAGGAGCCGGCCACCAUCAACUACCCCUUUGAGAAGGGCCCGCUGAGCCCCAGGUUCCGCGGGGAGCACGCGCUGCGUCGCUACCCGUCCGGGGAGGAGCGCUGCAUCGCCUGCAAGCUGUGCGAGGCCAUCUGCCCCGCGCAGGCCAUCACCAUCGAGGCGGAGGAGCGGGCCGACGGCAGCCGCCGCACCACGCGCUACGACAUAGACAUGACCAAGUGCAUCUACUGCGGCUUCUGCCAGGAGGCGUGCCCCGUGGACGCCAUCGUCGAGGGCCCCAACUUCGAGUUCUCCACCGAGACCCACGAGGAGCUGCUCUACAACAAGGAGAAGCUCCUGGACAACGGCGACAGGUGGGAGUCGGAGAUAGCGGCCAACAUCCACGCCGACCACCUGUACCGGUGAGGAGGCUGCCGGAGCUGUAGAAGUUACCCCUCUUCCCUCCCCUCGACGGGUGGCUGUAGCUCGUGGUCGAAACCACCCAGUGGCAAGGCCGUCGUGUUUGUUUGUCGCUCGUGACAUUGAGACACUGUCGUCGAGGGAACUGCACUGAUUUCUGUCAGUUGUAAGGUAAACUAAAUAUACACUGUUAUUUGUU